AACAUCUUUUGAUAUUUGUUAAAUUGAACAAGGAAAUUGAAAACCUAAAAGAAUAUGAGAUUCCUGAUUAUAAAAAUCACGAAAGAUUAAAAUCAGACUUUUCAAAUGAUCUUAAACAAGAAUUAAAAGAAUCUCAUCAAAAGAGACUUGAUUUCUUGAAAUAUCUAAAUGAAAUCCAAUUAAAUAAUGAAUGGACAAGAGAAAUUAAGAAAAAAUUUGAAGAUUACAAGAAUAAAUUUAAUAACUUGUAUGAAAACGAUUCUAAAAUCUUAACAGACAUGAUCAACAAAGAAUUGAAAUUAAUCAAUCAUUACAUGUUGUAUGUUGAACGAAUUAACAGAAUCUUUACCUUGGAAGAAUUGAAUAAAAUAAGAACAAAUAAAAUCGGAUCAGAUACAAUUUUGACCCCAAAUCAAAAAUUAGCUUUUUAUGAUAAAGAAAUACCCAGAAAAAUCAGUAAAAUUAUUGAUAUUAUUUACGAUAAAGUUUUAAAUGAAAUCAACAACAUCAAGAAUCUUGAAGAUUUUAUCAUCGAUUCGUAUGGUCAUGGUAAAUUGACUGAAAAUAUUUUAGCUUUGG